AUGACCCUGCUGUACCAGAGUUGCUUCAGUCCACACAGCUCCUUUGCUCGCAGCGGACCCUCACCACCCCACCCUCGGGCUCCUAAAGCAGACCCUUCCGGGGCAAAGUUCCCCUGUUCUGCAAACCGCAUUCUCCAAACGAAUGCCGGACAAAACCCUCUCCCUGCUGCGGAGACGCAGCCCCAGCCGUGCGGCCAACCAGCCGCGAGGCACGCGGGUCCGCGCACCGGGGGCCAGAGAGGUCGCCGCGAGCCCAGCCCGCCGCACUCGGGCCGUUUGAAUCUCCCGCCUGCGCUGGCGCCGCGGCGGAGGGGCUGCGCGGCCCCGGCUCGGGUGAGGCGGGGCCCGGCUGGCCGCCCGCGGGGCCGGAGCACGCGCGCCCGCACCGCGUCUCACGGCCGCCCGCUUCGCGUGGGCCGGCGUCGCGCGACUCCAGCAGGCGCGCGCAAGCAACGAUCCAGGUCGCCGUGCUCCGCCCGGGCCGCCCCACGCGCCGUCCUCCCCACCCGACUCUCCGUACGUCUCGGGGCGACCUACCUUGGUGCGGGUCGGCUACAACGAACUCCAGCGAUCACUGGCCGGGCCGCGAACUGCCCCGGAGCAUGCGCUCUGCAGGCCUCCGGCCCCGACCCUGGCCAGAAAGGAAAACAAAGAGCCCGGCGGCCCCUGGCGGCCACCCCAGAAAGUGCGAGUGGCUCGCUCCUGAGCGGGAGCUUUGACCAGGCUCUCACCUGGCCUAGCUACAGUGGCGGUGUGUUUCGGAAGCCCCAAAUUCGGCCAAGUGGACUGACAACCAAGUGACCAGAAUGACUGCUUCAAUCAGAGUUGGGGAUUGAACCCAGGAUUUCAGGCAUGCCAAGUCAAGAGCAGUACCAUGGAGCUAUGUCUCUAGUCCUUUUUUAUUGUUUUUUUUUUGUUUUGGUAACAGGGAUUGAACCCAGGGGUGCUUAACCCCUGAGCCACAUUCCCAGUCCCCUUUCUUAU